CAUCAUUCGAUAUCCAUCCUCACUGUGAACACAUUGGAUUCAGUGCAAUAUUCAAAUUCAGCUUUCUUUAUACCUUAAUCACAAAAUGAAGUUUCUGGUAGCUUACAGCAUAUUGGUCGCGGCGACAUUAGCCGAACCCCCAGUUGAUACCAGAUACCUCCCUCCUCAAAACGCUGGCAUCUCACAGACCUACGGAGCGCCCGGCUUCGGCUCUGCGAGACAGACAGACGCUAUAUUUAGUCGUCAAUCUUCCUUCUCCGGUUCGCGCGCUUCGUCCCGCCGCCCCUCAUCCCAAUAUGGUCCUCCCUCAGCUCUCUAUGGGGCACCCAACGCCGCCCAACAGACCCCUUCGGCGGUCUAUGGCGCACCCUCAUCUGACCCGUCGACGCAAUAUGGCGCGCCUGCCCCCUCAGCGUUGUAUGGAGCACCCCAAAUUGGAGGCCAUUCUGGUUCCCCAUCGCAGUUGUAUGGCGCUCCUGGUGUAGGAGGCGCUGGAUUCGGAGCUGAACAGAGCAAACAGUACCUGCCCCCUGGUGCCGGCAGGGGAUACGAUGAUGGCAGCAAUGGAGAGCCCGCCAACUACAACUUCGAAUACAUGGUGGAAGACGCAGCAUCUGGUAACGACUUCGGGCACCGCGAGGCCAGGCUUGGAGAGAGGGCCGAGGGUCUCUACUACGUGGUGCUGCCUGAUGGGAGGAAGCAGACCGUAGAAUACGAAGCCGACGAAGGCGGUUACAAGCCGAAGAUCUCUUACGAGGAAACCGGCCGUGGUGCCUACAGGAGCGGCCAGGGAUACGUCAACGGCGGUUACAGCCAGGGAGGCCCUUACUAAACAAAUCUAGAUCGAAAAUGGUUAUCACCCACCGUCACUG